AUGCACCAGAGGACACUGCGCCGGCUCCAGCAGGCCGUGCAAAACCCCCCCGUUGGUUCGGCGAACAUCCCCUCGCCCUACGCGACGGAGGGCGGCCACGUCCCGAUCUGGUCGAUCGUCAAUGGGUUUGUGCAGAAGCGCAACUGGGUGUUCCGCAACCCGGAGUGGUGCGACCUCUGCAAGGAACCCGUGGCGCUCUGGGUCAACCACCACGGGCGCAAGGAUCACGCCUUGCUGGACUUGCACUACACGCAGAUGAUGGAGUUUCCACGCCGUUGGAACCCGGAGGAGCUUCUCGCCGUCUUUGUGGAUGAGUUGGGGCUCCCGGUGGAGGCGUACCAAAGGUACUACGGCGGCUACGAGCGCGAGCACCGCAAUGAGCUCUACGCCAUGCUUGUCACACUAGGGGAGGAAAAGAUGCUUCAUUUUGGCGAGCCCCGAGAUACCUAUUUGCACCGAAUGCAGGGUGGUCUGCGUGGGAUGGACCACCAGGGUGCCUUGGUGCUGCACCGGUACAUCCUCGGCCCCUUCAUGCGCAUCUACCCCAACGGCCACAUUCAAGACUUCUCAAACCUGGUGGACUUUGUCACGUGUGCGUACAACAUGGAGACUGUCUAUGACUUGUGCGGCUUCUACACCCUGGACAAGGUCGCCUUGAAGGCGGAUUACAAGGCAACCUCCCCCGCUGCAUUGGGCCUGGGAGGUAUUGCGGUGCACUCGUCUGCUUCGCACGGCUUCGUGCAGCAGGCGGCGGAAACUCCCCCGCAACCGCCGCGGCAACAACGCAAUGCGGCGGCAGGGACAAGCAGUCGUAGUGCAGCUGACAUGGAGGAGGAGGCCUUCUCAAGGAAAGCGGUCUUUGUUCGGCAACUGUUGGGCCAGCUCCGGUGGCUGACACUACCAGGCGAAGAACACCCCGCCGGUCAGACCUUUCCACCGCAUUUGAUGCUGCUUGGGGAAAUAUGCCUCAAGUCGCUUGUGGUGGAAAUCAUAGCGGCGCGCCUGUGUGAGUACAUGGUGCGGGUGGAGCCCGUGUGGCGCGAUCACGGUUACGAACGUGUCAAGCUUAACGUGAACAAGAUUAUGCAGCGGCAGAGUGACAUUCUACCUGAGCCUGUCAAGUUUUUCUACCGCCCCAUGUCGCCGAAUCUGGAUGACUUCUACGGCACUAAACGAGGCCCUCUCGACGAGGCGCUGGAGAAGGCUGCGGUUGCGCCAGUCUCUGGUAAGGCUGCUUAG